CCGUCCCUAGGGCGAUGUCGUCCCACCUGCAGUGGAUGGUGCUGCGGAACUGCUCCAGCUUCCUCAUCAAGCGGAACAACCAGACCUAUAGCACGGAACCCAACAACCUCAAGUCCCGCAAUUCCUUCCGCUACAAUGGCCUGAUCCAUCGCAAGACCGUGGGGGUGGAGCCGGCCCCCGACGGCAAAGGCAUCGUCGUGGUGCUGAAGAAACGCACUGGGCAACGUAAACCGGCCUCGUCCUACAACCGGGUCACGAUCCGUAGGGAUGCUCGGGCCACCCUGCGCAGCCUCCGGAACAUCAUCCGCAAGAACAAGUACCGCCGGGACCUGCGCAUGGCCGCGCUGCGCCGCGCCAGCGCCAUCCUGCGCAGCCAGAAGCCGGUGGUGCUGAAGAAGAAGAGGGUCCGGGCGGCGAAGGCUCCGUGAACCCCCCCUGUGCCCCCCAUUGCGCCCCCCAAAUAAAGGGGUCCCAACAGCGCC